AUGGAGUUUCAUGGUUUGGUUUUGCUAUUCUGCUAUGUUUGGUGUGUCAUUUUUGUGGGAAUUUGCAGUGGUCAGUUACAAUCCUCUCAGACUCAAGUUCUUCUACAAUUACAAAAGCACUUAGAAUUUCCAACACAGUUAGAAAUAUGGAAAGAUCAUAGGGAAGAAAUUUGCUUUAUUUCUUCUACACAAGUGAAAGUUACAUGCAAGGACAAUUUUGUCACAGAGCUAACUAUCUUUGGUGAUAAGCCAAAUAAUGGUAGAGAUUUUGAUGGAUUUGCUAUUCCAAAUCAAACACUGACACAAACCUUCUCAUUGGACUCAUUUGUGGCCACUCUUGCAAGGCUAACUAGCUUGAAAGUUCUUCAUCUUGUUUCUUUAGGAAUUUGGGGACCACUUCCUGAUACAAUUCAUAGACUAUUCUCACUUGAGUAUUUGGAUUUGAGUUCGAAUUUUCUUUAUGGAUCGAUCCCUCCGAAAAUUUCUACUAUGUUCAACCUUCAAACUCUUAUUUUGAGUGAUAACUUCUUCAAUGGUACUGUCCCUAACUUGUUCAAUUCAUCAAAUACUCUCACAGUUCUUAGUUUGAAGCAUAAUAAGUUGAAGGGUCCAUUUCCAUUUUCGAUCCUUAGUAUCAAAACUUUGACUAACAUUGACAUGUCGAGAAAUCAGUUAUCAGGAAGCUUGCGAGAUUUUACUGAUAUGAGUAGCUUGGAAGAGCUAGAUUUAAGAGAAAAUGAAUUCGAUUCUUCGCUACCUGAAAUGCCGAAAGGGUUGAUAACUCUUUUCCUCAACCGGAACUUCUUUUCAGGUCAAAUUCCAAAACAAUAUGGUCAACUAAAUAGUCUUCAGCAGCUUGAUAUUUCCUUCAAUAGAAUAACAGGAACUACUCCUUCUGAACUUUUCUCUUUGCCGAAAAUUAGUUACUUGAAUUUGGGAUCCAAUGUGUUGAGUGGAACACUUGAAAAUCACAUGAAAUGUGGCCAAAAUCUUAGUUUUGUUGAUAUAUCAAACAAUAAGUUCGUUGGAGCUUUGCCUUCUUCUCUAAGAAAUGAGUCAGAAAAUAGAAUCGUUAAGAGCGAUGGAAACUGUUUAUCUGGAAGUUUGCAGCAUCAACAUGAAGUAUCCUAUUGUGCAGAAGCUCGUGGAAAGGCGAAGUCGUAUCGAUUUGGAGUUUUCGUUGGCGUCAUUGUUGGAAUUCUUGUUAUCAUUGUGCUUUUGGGCUUAUGCAUUGUUUUUACUUGUAAAUGGUUGUACUCUAAGGGGAUUUCGGAGCAGCACCUAUUGAAUAAAUCAGUUCAAGAUAGCUAUACAGCCGGAUUCUCAUCCGAACUUAUUGCAAAUGCAAGGUAUGUUUCUGAAGCUGCAAAGUUAGGAAGAGAAGAUCUUCCUUCGUGUCGAUCAUAUUCGUUGGAAGAGCUUAUGAAUGCGACGAAUAACUUUGACAAUUCUACUUUUCUUGGCGAAAAUAUAUAUGGGAAGCUGUACAAAGGGAAACUGGAGAGUGGGAUACCUGUGGUGAUAAGAUGCAUACCUUUGUCGAAAAAGUACUCGGUUCGGAAUUUCAAACUGAGGCUGGAUUUGCUUGCAAAGCUUCGCCACGCGCAUUUGGUGUCUCUUUUGGGACACUGCAUUGAUGGUAUUUUAGGCGAGCGUAACGACUCGAAGGUGUUUCUUGUUUAUGAAUGCGUGUCAAAUGGGAAUUUCCAAACUUAUCUCUCAGGAGAUAGUUCAGGGAAGAUUUUCAAUUGGUCAGAGAGAUUAUCAGUUCUUAUCAGUGUUGCUAAGGCAGUUCACUUCUUACACACUGGAAUGAUACCUGGUUUCUUCAAAAAUAGACUUAAAACCAACAACAUUUUGCUUAAUGAAAAUUCUAUAGCAAAGUUGAGUGACUAUGGAUUGUCCAUUAUCUCAGAAGAAACUGAUGCAAGUGAGGUAAAAGGUGAAAGCCCAAAUUCAUGGCAAACGAAAAAGUUAGAGGAUGAUAUCUAUAGCUUUGGAUUCAUAUUACUUGAGGCACUUGUUGGACCUUCAAUGUCAACUAAAAGAGAAGCAACUGUUCUAAAUGCAAUGGCUUCCUUCAAUAAUCAAGAUGACUGGAAACAAACAGUGGAUCCAGUUGUGCAAGCUACUUGCUGCAAAGAAUCUCUAUCAACUGUGAUUUCUAUAACCAACAAAUGUAUUUCUACCGAGCCAUGGAGUCGACCAUCGAUCGAGGAUAUUCUUUGGAACUUGCAGUAUGCUACUCAAGUCCAGAGAACAGCUGAUGGUGAUCACAGAAUUUGA